UCCGUAUUUAUGAUUUUUUAAUGAAACAAAAAUAAUUAAAAUUCGUAUAUAUUUUUCCUGCUAACUGUAUUUGUUGUAUGUCUAAAAAAAUAAUGAAUUGUGAACGAAACUUUUAUGAUUGUUUUUUUUAAUCGCCGCGUGUUAAUACGUGAAAGUGAUUGACGUGUUUUUUUUUAAAUAUUAUAUUUAUACAUAUAUGAAAUAUUCAGUUAUGUUAUCCAUAGUGGAAAUUUAGUUAAUGUGAAAUUUGUUUUAUUGAAGUUGAGGUGUUACGUAAUAGAAAUGUUUAAAAUGUGCCGGGGUGUACAGUUCAAAGUGAAUAAGUGAUUAUUAUGACUUGAGGAUUUAAGUACCUAACCAUGACGUGUCCAUUUCGCCGCGCCUCCUCACAACAUCAGUUCGCUAACGGCGCUGGUUCUGGGGGCAAGAAGCCGGAGUUUCGGUCGAGACAGUCGUCAGUUCACCUCCCUGGUCCCGAUGAGGAGAACGGCGAGAAGAAUACAUUGACCCUUAAGCAUCUGAGUGAGGCGUUACAGCUGUUGACAGCACCAUCGAACGAAUGCCUACACUCAGCUGUGACGUCACUAACGAAGAACCAAGCGGAACAUUACGACAAGUACAAUUGUCUCCGAAGACUACCAGACGAUGUGAGGAAAUGUAGAAAUUAUGCAUAUUUGCAAGAAAUAUACGACGCGGUAAGAGCGACUGAUAGUGUAAACACAAAGGAUUUUAUGGCAAAAUUAGGAGAAUAUUUAAUUUUAACAGCGUUCUCGCAUAAUUGUCGACUAGAGAGGGCGUUUAAAUGUUUAGGCACUAAUUUGACUGAAUUUUUGACGACACUGGACAGUGUGCACGACGUUUUACAUGACCAAGACGAUGCCCAAAGGGACGAAUCGACGGAGUACGAAGCAGCAUUUGUUUGCACUACCUCCCACGAAGGCAAGAUCGAAUUACACUUGACCACAGAGAGUGAACCAGUGGCCUAUCUCUUGGUCGGGAGCUUGAAGGCCAUAGCCAGAAGAUUAUACGAUACUCAGACAAAUAUAAGACUGACGAGUUACACUAAUGAUCCUAGGAGAUUUAGAUACGAAAUCAAUGCAAAUCCACUCCGUCAGAGAUCGAGAGAUGACAAUUGUGAACAGGACGAGCCCAUCUCCAUUGCAUCAUCCAGCAAUGUGGCGGACCUGAAGAUUGGAGUAGCCAGCUUCUGCAAAGCUUUCCCCUGGCACUUUGUCACUGACAAACGGCUAGAGUUAGUGCAAUUGGGAGGUGGGUUCAUGCGUCUAUUCGGAACAUUUUUAGCGACUCAUGGAUCGUCACUCGGCACUUACUUCAGACUACUCCGUCCCAGAGGAGUACCUCUGAACUUCCGCGAGAUCAUGAAGCGUGUUAAUACCCCAUUCAUGUUCUGCUUGAAGAUACCAGGGUCUGCUUCGCCGGCUGAGGGUCUGGAGAUUAAAGGUCAGAUGGUAUUCUGCCCGGAGUCUGACUCUCUGCUCUUCGUGGGAUCACCGUUCCUGGACGGAUUGGAAGGUCUUACAGGAAGAGGCCUCUUCAUCUCGGACAUUCCACUUCAUGACGCAACCCGAGAUGUGAUACUUGUUGGCGAACAAGCGCGAGCUCAGGAUGGGUUACGGAGAAGAAUGGAUAAAUUGAAGAACUCAAUAGAAGAAGCGAGCAAAGCAGUGGACAAAGAACGAGAGAAGAACGUCAGUCUUCUCCAUCUUAUAUUCCCACCGCAUAUUGCUAAGAGAUUGUGGCUAGGUGAGAAGAUAGAAGCCAAAAGCCACGAUGACGUCACAAUGUUGUUCAGCGACAUCGUUGGUUUCACAUCCAUCUGCGCUACUGCAACGCCCAUGAUGGUCAUCGAUAUGCUGGAAGACUUGUAUUCAGUAUUUGACAUAUUCUGUGAAGAGCUGGAUGUGUAUAAGGUGGAAACGAUAGGCGAUGCAUACUGCGUUGCUAGCGGUUUACAUAAGAAAAUAGAAACGCAUGCUCCUCAAAUUGCUUGGAUGGCGCUACGUAUGGUCGAAACAUGCGCGGAACACCUCACGCAUGAGGGAAAUCCUAUUAAGAUGCGUAUCGGUCUGCACACUGGGACAGUGUUAGCGGGUGUUGUUGGCAAGACAAUGCUCAAGUACUGUUUGUUUGGGCACAACGUCACUCUCGCCAACAAAUUUGAAUCCGGCUCUGAACCAUUGAAGAUCAACGUCAGUCCUACCACCUAUGAAUGGUUAAUAAAAUUCCCGGGAUUCGAGAUGGAGCCCAGGGAUAGAUCGUGCCUACCAAAUUCCUUCCCUAAGGAUAUACCGGGGACUUGUUACUUCCUACACAAGUACAAGCAUCCGGGUACAGACCCUGAGGCGUCGCAGGUGAAACAUAUACAAGACGCAUUAAAAGAUUUCGGGAUCGGCCAAGCGAAACCGGGUGAAGUGGAUAGCGAAGAACCUACUUAGUCGACGGUACAAAAAGACGAUGUUUAGAUUUAAUAAUUUUUUCGUCACAACUGCGAACCUAAAGUCAGAGGGAACAUCGUUGGCAUUAUAAAUACUUAUCUUAAUUGCUUUGUAAACUGUUGAUUUGAAAACUUUGCUCAUCAAAAUGUUUAUUUUUCGUGUUUAAUACUCUUAUUUUAGAUAUUUUUUAAAACACUCGAGAGAAGAUCAAGCGAUGUCUUUUUAUUCUUUAAAUAAGAAUACGACAGAGUGUAGACAAUUCUGGAUUCUAAAUUAAACUUGAUAGAUGUUAUAAUAUACAAAAUGUAAUAUUAUUAUAAGGAUGUUUAUAGUAAUCUAAAAUUCGACUAUUUGUGAAACUGAAAAGCUUUACCCAAAUAACAUUGAUCCAACUACAAAAAUGACGUUGGAAUUUUAGAUAUUGAUUUUGGUGUCAUCAUGUAUGGAGAAACGUACUGUAGGAGCUAUUUGAACUUAUUGACUCGUUGAAUUUGGUUCUUAAAUUUACUCAUAUUUUCUUUUAUAGUAUAUUAAAAAUAUUAGGUACUUUUUUUCUUUAUAUUUAUAAAUAAUAAACGUUAGUUAAAUUCAGAUUAAAUUUAAACCAGUUUAAAGUAUGAUAACUGAAAAACUAAGUAAUUAUUUUAUGGUAGUUAUUAUUAGUAUUCUUUUUUAAUUAUCUCACAAAAUAUACUAUUCGUUAGUCAAAUACGAAUCUUAAUUUCGAUAAAACACAAUAGAUUCUCUUGUUUCAGAUCUCAUAUUCAAUUUAGUUAGAUCAUGCUUACAACACAAAUACUUUAUACAUGAAAAAAAAAAUGCUAACUUAAAUAAUAUAGCAUUCCUAAUUGUACUAGGUACCACAAAUAUGAUGUACAUACUUAAUAUAUCAUCUUUCAUAAAAAACUUACCGAAUCAAAAUCUCUUAUAGAUAAUUUAUAGUGAUCUAUGUGAAGCUUUACAAUAUUGGUUAUAUAAGAAAUGUAUAUAAAGUUGAAACCUGGGAUAAUUACGACUUACAUAGCUAUAACGGAACGCUGUAGAUUUAAAAAUAUAUCUAGCAAUAAUAUUGAUGAAAGGCUUUUAGAAAGAAAAGCAGAUAUAAAAAAUAUUAUUCUUCGACUCGGACGAAAGUAAAUCCUUUCUGAUUACUUUCUGCGUAAUCUUUUCUCUUAACAAAACAAACCGACCAAGUUAAUCGAAGUGGUCGCAUUUUUCUAAUGAACAGAAUGUAAAUUAAAAACUAAAUUAAGAUUACUUGUGCUAUGAGGAAAAUUAGCGAAAUACCAAUUUCUUUCUAAGGGAACUUUUUUAAGAUAUUGCUGCUAAAAUAGAGUUAAAAAAUCUCUUAGUAAAUAUGUAUAAAGUAAUAAAAGACAUUUCCUAAUAUGUAUAUAUAAAAUAUAAUUAUUUCGCUUGAUUAUUUUCAUUUAAUUAAAUUAAUAUAUACAUUAUUAUUAUAUUAUUAUUGGAAACUAUAUAUUUAAUAUAAUUAUAAACGGGAUAAAGUAUGACUUGUUAGAAGUAAUUUUGCUAUACUAUAAAAAAGUAAAAAUUUAUUUCCUGUUAUUUAUUGUUUAUAAAUGAAAAUUUGGUAAAACAUUUAUAAAGAAUAAAUAAUUAAUAGUAAAUGUAAUAAAGUACUUAAUAUACUGGAUAAUAUAUUAAAUUACUUAAUAGUAUAAGUAUUUUUUGUGAAUUAUUUAUAUGGUAAUAAAGAAUCUAUGUAUAUAAUGUUUCUGAUAUACACGAAAAAAGCGUAAGUUCUAAAAUAGUUACUGUGCUUACUGCGUACUUUAGUAAUUUAGUGAAAUAAAUAUAAAAUAAAUAAUAUAUAUUUAGGAUAUUUCAUCAGAAUUACUGACAAAUCGGAACUAAUACUUUUUUUCUCUUAUUGGAAUGAUAUAAUGUUUUUAAUUACUAAAUACAUUCUGUCUGAUUUUCAUCUGUGUGAUUUUUUUUUAUAUUAGUAAUUGUUUUUUCUUUAAUAAUUGGAAUUAAACAUAUUAUUUUACAACAAAAAUAUAUUAUUAAUUUCCUAAAAGUAUUAUUUUUAUUAUUUAUUUAAAAUAAUAUAAACUCAAAUUUUCUCAGAUGUAAUCUAUUAUUAUUAUAUUUUUAUUGUAAUAUAAAUCAAUAUAAACACCACUAAAUGUUAAAUAUUAUUUUUCAUUUAUCAAUAAGUUCAAUUUAUAUUUAAAUUUAGUUUAUUCUGUUUAAACCGUAAAUGAAUAAUAUUUUUUAACAUUGCUGAAAUAUAAGUAGAUUCCUCUAGAUUUUAAAUUCCCAAAUUACCCAUGUUAUAUUUAGUAUUAUAUUAUAUAUUAUGUAUACAUAAAUAUUAAUAUAAUGUAUUGGUACCUAUAUCUAUAUAAAAGAUACAUCAAUCAAUGAUAAUAUAAACAUAUUAUGAAUGAUGUUUAUUUAGGCUUAUUCGAUAUAAAUACACUUAUAUCACAGAGUUGAAUGAUAGAACUGUCAUUAUUACGACUAGAUUAUUUUCUAAAA